AUGGCAAGCUGUGUCAAUGAAAUCGUCAAAAUAAAAUUGCAAUCGCGAUUAAACGGCUUUGCCACGGUAUUAGAGUGUGUUCUGACGGAUCGUAUCACCGAGAGACUUCCGACCUCGCCAAUCGAACGCGAAAAAAUACACAUACCACGAAAUCUAAAGUUAGCCGAUCUGGAAUUUUAUCGAUGCUCGGACGUCGACAUAUUAGUAGGCGUCGAACUAUUUUGGCAGUUAAUAUGCAUCGGCACAAUAAAAUCAAAUCAAGAACAUCCGACAUUACAAAAAACUCAUCUCGGUUGGAUCGUCGCCGGUCGUAUGUCCGAAAAUGUUCGCGAUGUGCGCGGUUGCGAGGUGCGCGCCUUACACACGUCGAUAAGUGACGCGAAUUUACAAGAUCAAUUAACGAAAUUUUGGCAGGUGGAGGAGGAUUUCCAGCCUCGCGACGCGUACUCUCCGAUCGAGCGAUUCUGUGAGCAACAUUUUCGUAAUAAUACUGUUAGGAACAAGGAUGGCCGCGUUAUGGUAACACUUCCGAUUAGGGAGGAGAAAAUAAAGGCCAUCGGCGAAACUCGAGAAAUAGCGAUGCGACGUUUUUAUGGCUUAGAGAAGCGAUUGAAUCGUAAUUCCGUUAUACAAGCUGCAACGUUACUUUUUUCGCGUCUACAACUUCGUCGUGCUCGUCACUUCCUUUACUAUAAGUUGGGCGCCAGGCGCGGAAUCCGCGCCGCAUAA